AUGGCGAGUACUGAAACAACGCCGAUCGAAAGGUGCACCGAGAACGACGAAAACAAUAGCAGGGAGCUAGAAACCAACAAGAACAACGCAAGAAAGGUUAUAAUUCCGGCGAAAAGAUUCUGUAGUCAGGACCGGGACGAUAAUUUCGAGAUCAGCGACGACGAGAUUAACAGGAUAGCUAAUAUCAACGAUAGUUCUCCUCCUGAAACGACAAACAGUUGGACGCGAGUCACAUACAAAAAGCAAAAACCACAAUGGGGAACCCACCUUGAGCGCUUUGACGAACCAAAGAUUGUGAUUGUGGUGAAACCCACGACGCAAACCAGAAUAUCGAACAUCUCAUCGCGGAUCCUCAUGGACCAACUGAAACAGCUUUUUACAAUUCCUUGCAACAGAGACCGACUUAGCUACGAACCCAAUCACAGGAACAACACCAUAGCCAUUACUGUUUACAGUGAGACGCACGCAGGAGACAUCCUCCAGAUGAGCACUCUGACGCUGUGUGACGGCACGGAGGUAGGGGUCCAUACAUACAGAUCCACCACGGGCCUUAUGCCCAGAGGAGUAAUACACGACGUGGAUGCAGAGUUCACAGCACAAGACAUUGUCGACUACUCAGACUCUGACUACUGCAAUGUCCUACAUGCAAGACCCAUUGGGAGGAGAGGCACAUUUCUUCUUACGUUCGAUGGAAAUAGAGUUCCUAGGAAGAUCACGCAUCGCGGAAGACUGUUCAGAGUAUACACGUACAAACCAACAGCCGUCCUGUGCCUCAAAUGCCACGGCAUCGGGCAUAAGGCAGCUGUCUGCACGAGAGAGCAGAGAUGUAGGCGUUGUGGUGAACCUCACCCAGAAGGAGAACAAUGUGAAGAUACGUAUUGCCCUAACUGCCAUGUGUCGGGACAUACAGCCUUCGACCCCAACUCCGAGACCAAAAAAAGCACGGACGCAAAGCUACAAAGAAGAGCACAGGCAAUGACACAGACAAAAAGCAAAGCAACAAAUGUGGCAAGUGCGUCUCCAUGGAAGAGGAUGGCUACUGCCCUGCACAACCAAGGCACAGUUAGAGGAAGGACAUCCUUUUACCAAAACCGCUUCUCCACCCUACAAGACCUCGAAGAGUUCCCGCCGCUGGAAAACACCGGCAGUACCAAGAAGGGCCCCACCGACACCAACUGCACGACAUACAAGCAGGAUCUACCAAACGCCAAUGCCAACAUGGCCAAGAGAACGUCUUCAACGAACAAGACAUCGAUCGAAGCCAAAGAAAAUCAAUUAAAGGAACUUGAAAGACGUGUGGCCCAGCUCAAAGUGGAAAUUGAAAAAGACAAACAAGGAGAAGAACGUGCCAAGCAACGCAGACAAACAGAACUGGAAAAAAAAGAAGCAAGAUGCAAUCACGAAGAGUGUUGA